AUGAGCAGCAGGAUGUUGAGGUCCGGAAUUCGAAGUGAAAUUUUUGAUUUGCCCGUUCCUAGUCGUCAUGGAAAAGAAAGGCAGAAAUUAGAAAGACAUUAUUUACAAUACCUUGCUACAUUAAUGCGCACUAGAAAGCUGCUUUCCCGUACAGAAGGAGCUUCCGCGGUUGGUCGACAAUGGCGAGUCGUCCGGCACCGGAUGAGCGGCGAGGAAGUCGGCCAACGCCUGACCCUUGAUCGCUUUUGGGGCACAUAA